UUUAUUUUUACCCAGCCUUCUUUUUACAAAUCAAGUCUGGAGAAGCGAAACGUAUCCAUCAGAAUAGCUAUAAAUACAGCCUCAAAAGGAGCCAACUUUUUCAAAUUAUCACUUCUUCAUAUUUCGAUUCAUCUAACAUAAAAUGCAUUUCUUUUUUGCUCUUGUCGCUGUUUGUUCUAUCAUCCUUUCUGUAACCAAUGCUGCUACUAUCCAUAAGCGAGCAGCUGCCAACGUGGAGAGUUGUGUUAGCAGCCUAAAUAAUGUCAUUACCCAAAUCAAUAUUUUGCAACCUUCUAUCCAAACCGGUGGUAUUAUUGAUACCAGCAUCAAUUACGACAGACUUGAAGACGCUGUUAAGGCUGCUCAAGGAUCUUGCUGUGCUAUUAACGUUGCUAUUUCUGAGCCUGAUGCUGAUUAUGUCACCGGUGUCUUAGGUAAUAUUACACCCAAAGUACAAGAAGUUUUGACUGCCAUUUCUCAAAAGAAGGGUGAUUACAAUAUCUUUACAAGAGCUAUUUUGAGAAUUCGUAUUAAAGAUCUGGAGGAGAGUACUCAAAGCGUGGAUACCUGUCUUAUUAACUUUACCCCCGAAUCCAAGAAAUCCAGCCUUCAAUCGUAUAUUGAUACUAUCAAUUUAGCUUUUGAACAAGCUCGUAACGCAUUCGCCACAUAAAUUUGUGAAUAUUUUUUUUAAAAAACAUCUUUCAUGGUAUUGAUAACUGUAUAAAACCCAUUUAUUUUAAAAUAAACUUUCUUUAAAACCCAAAA